GGUCUGCUCGCCUCGUCCUCCCUCCUAAACUCAUAAAGCCCCGGUCCAUCAGUUAUUCUCUUCUCCCGAUAAUAAUUCCCACAACACUACAAAUAAAUACCCUACAAAUUACAAAACCCUUUCUCUCUCUCUCUAUUCACUCUCCUCUCCUCUCAAUUCUCAAAGAUUGAAAGCUCUGACUCUGAGUAUGGGUUUCAAGUCGGUUUUCCGCUGCUUGCAAGAGAUUUUUCCUCAGGUUGAUGUGCGCAUUCUGAAGGCUGUUGCUAUUGAACAUUCUAAAGAUGCUGAUGCAGCUGUUAAUGACAUUCUGACUGAUGUUCUUCCUUGCUUGCCUAUUGGAAGUUCAACAUUUCCUAACAUCAAUUAUCCGAACGCUGGGAGUUUAAGAGAUGCUGAGUCUUCUACAGAAUCAAGAUCCAGUUCAUUUAGACAUGUUGAAGAUAGUGCCUGUGCAAGUGGUACGCAUGCUGAUACCACACUUGGGGAUGCAGGGAUAUCUUCAAAACUAAUAUCUCAUGGUUGUGAAGAUGAGGAAUAUAUCGAUUUUACAAAUGGUGCUCUGCAUGCUGAUCACACACAUCUGAACGUAUCACUGAAUGGAUCUAAAGCUUCAACUUCUGAUAUUAAAAAUGAUACUGGUGAAAAAGUAUAUAUUUACACUAAUGAGAUAAUUAAGGAAGUUUCAUUGGAGUUUGAUCAGGCUAAUCAUGUCCUGUCAGAGGUUGCAGAGCUAGUAAGAACUGAUGUCGAGCAAGAGUGCACAGAUACUGACUUUGAAACUUCUUUUUCACCCAAAAAAAUAAUGCCCAUAGUUAGUUCUGAUCAAAGCCAAUUUGGUGUGUCGACUGAGGGGCUUAAUGGUAGUUUGAAAACUCCAUGCUUUGAGGAGGAAAAGUUCUUUAUGGCAAAUGAUAAUGAUGAAGAUCAAGCAAGGAGUUUUUCAAGUCUUACUCCUGAGAAAGACUGUUUUGUUGCUAGUAGAACAGGCAGCAUUCGGGAUAACAUCUCGGAAAGCAGCACAGUUUUACAAUCCAAUGAAACUUGCAGAAUUGACAUUCUUGAUGAGAUUAUUGAAGAUGCCAAGAAUAAUAAGAAAACCUUGUUUUCUGCAAUGGAAUCAAUCUUUAACAUGAUGAAAGAAGUGGAAAUUCAGGAGAGCGCUGCAGAGCGUGCAAAAGAGGAAGCUGCUCUUGGAGGGCUGGAUAUUCUGAUCAAGGUCCAGGAACUGAAACAAAUGCUGGAACAUGCCAAGGAAGCGAAUAGCAUGCAAGCUGGUGAAGUGUAUGGAGAGAAGGCAAUUUUAGCUACAGAAGUGAGAGAGCUAGAGUCUAGACUUCUCUGCUUAUCAGAUGAAAAGGACAAAUCACUUGCAAUUCUUGAUGAGAUGCGGAAGACCCUCGAAGCACGACUAGCUGCUGCCGAAGAUCUAAAGAGAGCAGCUGAGCAGGAAAAGCUAGAAAGGGAAGAAUCUGCUAGGAUUUUUCUAGCUGAACAAGAGGAGAUUAUGGAGAAUGUGGUACAGGAGGCAAAGCUAAUAGCACAGGCAGCUGACGAUAACUCUAAAUUAAGAGAGUUUUUGAUGGAUCGUGGUCGCAUCUUGGACAUGUUACAAGGAGAAAUCUCUGUUAUAUGUCAGGAUGUUAGUUUGCUGAAAGAGAAGUUUGACAAACGCCUUCCUUUAAGCAUGUCAGUUUCAUCUAGCCAGACGAGUUGCAAGUUAGCUUCAUCCGGGUCAUCCUUGAGAAGCAUAUCAUCUGUUAUUAUUCAUGAGGAAGACAAGUCUUCUAAACAGCCAGAUGAUUGGAGUCUGCCCCCAAUCAUUGACGUGACAGCUACGAAUGGAGCUGAAGAGGACAGCGUGAAGAAGCAUGAUCAGAACGAACUUUCAGAAGACGGGUGGGAUAUCAUAAAAGACGCUGAGGCUGAGACAUGGAUGGUGAAAAUGACAGAGACCUAAACGGUUUUCCAUUUUCGGUUAUUUUUUCAGGUUUAUGUUUUGAAUGGAGUCUGCAUUGUAAUUACUAUAUCUAGAUAUUAGUUGUACAUAUUUAUUUGAGCGUUGAAGCAAUAAGGGGCAGGAGGUGAGUAUUGAAGAUUUUGGAGUCCGAGAGUACUAAAUCAGUUUAUGUUAAUAUCUAUUUGAUAAUGCUUAAUAAUAAGGUCCCAUUUUUAUUUCUUUA